AAAUUUAACUUAGUUAAAUUAGUCGUAAUUUUUGUUAGAUAUAUUUUUCAUCCCAUUUAUGGGCCCAUUUGUGGCUAAAAUAAUUUUAACUCUCAAUAUCUAAAAAUAUUUCAUCAUUCUUAAAGGUUCAUAUACUGAGUUUUGUAUUUCUGGUGCCAAUUUGUGACAUUUUUUAUACGAUAUUGUAACUGAAAGGUUUAUACGACGCGCGAAUUUAUCUAUUUGAUAAGUGGUUUCAUAGAUAGUUGAAUUGUGACAGUGGGACAGUGCGAACGCAUUUUACAGACAGUUGUGAUAUUAAAUUAAAGUGAUGAAGUUUUAAAAAUCGCAAUGAAAACAGCGAAGAAAAAGUACAGAGUCAAUGAUUUGACAAAUGUCGAAUUUACCAAAAAUGCCUCCACAAGCGAUAAAGAUAGUUCAUCUGAGUCGGAACCGCGAACAGAAGAAUUACCUAGCAUAUCAUUUUUCACUCUAUUUAGGUUCGCGACAACCAAAGACAAAGUUUUCAUAGCAUUCGGGAUAAUAUUUUCAAUAAUAUGUGGUAUAACGACGCCUCUGAACACACUUCUGUUUGCAUCUCUACUUCAAAGUAUGGUGGACUUCGGGAUUUCGGUUAUAGUGGGUACGCCACAGAACGAUGAAUUUCUGAAGGAUUUAAGUUUCUUUGCUAUCUACAACUGCUUGCUUGGAGUUGCACUUGUCGUGUUAUCUUAUGGAGCGACUGUACUCAUGAAUAUAGCUGCUUUUAAUCAGGUUUAUAAAAUUCGUCAGGAAUAUCUAAAAGCGGCACUAAACCAGGACUUUGAAUACUUCGAUAUGCAUCAGACUGGUGACUUUGCAUCUAAAAUGACAGAUGACGUGGUGAAACUCGAAGAUGGAAUAGGAGAGAAGCUCGGUACAUUCAUCUUCUACCAGUCGUCUUUCGUCAGUUCUGUCGCCAUGGCGCUGAUUAAAGGAUGGAAACUUGCGUUGCUUUGCUUAAUUACCUUCCCCGUUACACUCCUCCUGGUUGGAAUGGCGGGUUUGAUUGCUUCACGAUUGUCCAAAAAAGAGGCGAUUUCAUCUGGCAAGGCGGGCUCAGUUGCUGAAGAAGUGUUGUCCGCAAUGCGCACAGUGUACGCCUUUAGUGGACAAGAGAAAGAAAUAGAGCGAUAUAAAACACAUUUAGAUGACGCUCGAAAAAUUAACAUCAAAAAAGGAUUCUUCACUGGAUUAGCGAUGGGUUUUCUAUUCUUUUGUAUAUUUUCCUCUUACGCGCUGUCCUUCUGGUUCGGCUACAAGCUUAUGGUAGAUGAGCCAGAAAACUACGACGUCAACACUAUGAUUGCUGUCUUUUUUGGCGUGAUGAUGGGGUCAGCUAACUUCGGCAUCUCGUCAACAUUGAUGGAGGUGUUUGGUAUAGCACGUGGCGCGGGGGCACAGAUCUUUCACCUCAUCGACAUGGUGCCCUCCAUCAAUCCGCUCCUCAACCGAGGAGUUGUUCCCAGUACUGCUGAAGGACAUAUCGAAUUGAAGGAUGUUUAUUUCCAUUAUCCUUCAAGACCAGACGUCCCGGUUUUAAAAGGCGUAAGCUUGAGUGUGAAGAGAGGUCAGUCGGUGGCGCUAGUGGGGCACUCGGGCUGCGGCAAGUCCACCAUCAUACAGCUUAUAUCGCGAUACUACGAUGUAGUCGACGGCAGUGUGUACGUGGAUGACAAAGAUGUUCGCGACCUAUCAGUGCGCUGGCUGCGACAGCAGGUCGGGUUAGUGGGGCAGGAGCCGGUGCUGUUCAAUACCACCGUGCGGGAGAACAUCCGCUACGGCCGCGAAAACGCCACCGACGAUGAGAUAGAGGCCGUUGCGAAACAAGCUAAUGCACAUCACUUCAUUAUGAAGCUGCCUGCGGGUUACAACACAUUGGUAGGCGAGCGCGGGGCGUCACUGUCAGGCGGACAGAAGCAGCGUAUCGCUAUCGCACGUGCUUUGAUCCGCAACCCACGAAUACUGCUGCUGGACGAGGCCACCAGCGCACUGGAUACAGCUUCAGAGUUUAAAGUACAAGCGGCGCUAGACAGGGCACAAAAAGGUCGAACAACGAUAGUCGUCGCUCAUAGAUUAUCAACGAUUAGAAAUGUAGAUUUAAUCUACGUGUUCAAAAGUGGCACAAUCAUCGAGCACGGUAACCACGAGGAACUGAUGAAACUUAAAGGACAUUAUUAUGAUAUGGUAACAAUACAGUCGUCGCCAGAAGGAGAGGAUACUUCGGAUUCAUCAAAGAUCGCAGAUAAAGAUAUAGGAGAAGCUGAGGAAGAUGAAGAUGAAAAAAUACCAACUAAAUUAGACGUAAAAGAGGACAUUGAAAACGACAGUGAAAUAUCAUUUAGAAAAGUGAUUCGUCUAAACUCACCUGAAUGGAAGUCGAUUACAGCGGCCAGCGUUUGUUCAAUAUUAAGUGGUAGUGGCAUGCCUCUUUUAGCUGUUAUUUUGGGUGAUUUCUUAGGAGUUUUAUCUAAUCCAAACGCAGACGAGGUGAUUGCAGAAGUACGAAAAUUUGCGCUUAUUUUCGUUGGAUUAGGCGUGUUAACAGGAAUCUCAAACUUUAUCACGGUUUUCAUGUACGGAAUAGCCGGAGAACAUCUAACAGCUCGUUUGAGGUUACUAAUGUUCGAUAAACUCCUACAACAAGAGAUUGCGUUCUUUGACGACACAAAUAAUUCCACCGGAGCUCUUUGCGCACGCCUCGCCGGGGAAGCAGCGACUGUUCAAGGGGCUACCGGUCAAAGAAUCGGUACUGUCCUACAAGCGGUCGGAACAUUCACUUUCGCAUUAACCCUUUCGCUGAUAUACGAGUGGAGAGUAGGUUUGGUCGCAAUGGCGUUCGUGCCAGUCAUAUUUGCCAUUCUGUACAAAGAAGGUAGAAUGGUGAGCGCCGAGUCUUUCGGCACAGCACAAACAAUGCAGAGUAGUUCAAAGUUGGCAGUGGAAGCGGUAGCCAAUGUCCGCACAGUCGCAUCUCUUGGCAGAGAAGAGACUUUUGUGAAUGAAUACGCACUCCAACUAAUGCCGGCGUUGAUCAGCGCCAAGCGGACGACUCACUGGCGAGGGAUCGUGUUUGGACUCUCCAGGGGUCUCUUUAACUUUGUGUAUUCCGCUGCAAUGUACUACGGAGGGACGCUUAUGGUUUAUAGCAACGUUCAUUACUCAGUUGUACUCAAGUCAGCUCAAGCAUUACUAAUGGGAGCAUCUUCAGCAGCCCAAGCAUUCGCCUUUGCUCCCAAUUUCCAAAAAGGAAUUAAAGCAGCUGGACGUAUCACUGUUCUUCUCAACAAAAAAUCUACCAUCACAGAUCCGGAUAGGCCUGCCGUCGAAAACUUUAAAGGCACGGGUCAAGCCAGUUUACAAGACGUCGACUUUAAAUAUCCGACACGCCCUCUGAUACAAGUACUGAAGAAGUUCAAUUUAGAAAUAGAAAAAGGCAAAACGUAUGCUUUAGUGGGCGCUAGCGGUUGUGGGAAGAGCACUGUCAUACAACUUCUGCAAAGAUAUUACGAUCCAGAUGGCGGUAUAGUGGCAUAUGAUGGCAUACCGUUACCAAAAUUGCGACUAAAAGAAGCUCGACAACCUAUCGGCUUUGUACAACAGGAACCUAUCCUGUUUGACAGGACCAUUGGAGAAAAUAUCGCAUACGGUGAUAACUCGCGGAAACCAAACAUGGAUGAAAUUGUUUCAGCAGCUAAACAAGCUAACAUUCACAAUUUCAUAGUAUCGUUGCCAAUGGGUUAUGAUACAAACAUUGGUUCGAAAGGCACACAACUGUCAGGUGGACAAAAACAGCGUGUAGCUAUCGCUCGAGCGCUGAUACGACGGCCCAAGAUAUUGUUACUUGAUGAGGCAACUAGCGCUCUGGACACCGAAAGCGAAAAGGUCGUGCAAGAGGCUCUGGAUGCUGCGAAGGCAGGUCGCACGUGCGUGAUGAUAGCUCACCGGCUGAGCACGGUGCGCGACGCGGACCGCAUCUGCGUGCUGCGCGACGGCGUCGUGGCGGAGAGCGGCUCGCACCAGCAGCUCAUGCAGGCGCAGGGGCUCUACUACAACCUCAACAGACGAGGAUAUGCAUAGUCCAUAUCCCUAUAUUAAGUUAUUGUAAAUUUAUUGUCAAUGUUAUAUUAGUUUUAAUUAAAAUACUUUUUUUUUAUUAAAA